AUUUACUUGCCCGUUCUAAUUUCUAACAUUUAGUGAUUCUUCUCACAGUGAUUAUUAUACUGUACUUGUUUGAACAAUUCUUAUUGCACUAUGAAUUCAGCAUGCCAUAAAUCCCAUAAAGCAGCUUUGAAUGAAGACAGUUGAGAGUUUUGUUCAGCGACUGCAAGUAAACGAAGCAAGUGGAAGUGACGAACCGCAAUAUAUUGUCUUCCUUUUGGUUAGAAGCUGCUUUUACUUGGCAAGAUGACAUCCGCGUUUGUCGUUCCUGUUGUUGAUGUCCACAUUGGCAAUUUCAAAGAACUUUGGCCUGCUAUGGUAGUGGCAAUUAAAACAGCUUCCUUCGUUGCUCUUGAUACGGAGCUGAGUGGGCUUGGAAAUCGAGCUUCAUUGCUUGCAGAGUCAAUAGAAGACAGAUAUAAAGCUAUUUGUCAUGCAGCCCGCUCUCGCUCCAUCCUCUCCUUGGGAAUUGCCAGCUACAAGAAGUUAACCGAUAAGACUGCAGACACAUACUUGGUUCAGGUGUAUAACCUCACUUUACUAUGCUCGGAAGAAUACAUAAUAGAGCCCCAAUCGGUCCAGUUCCUGGUACAACAUGGAUUUGACUUCAACAAGCAGUAUGCAGAAGGGAUCCCGUAUCAUAAGGGUAAUAAUAAGGGAGGAUCCGACAAUCAGGGUGUCCAUAUCCGGGCUUUAUUUACUGAGCUACUCCGUGCUAGAAAACCUCUGGUCCUCCACAAUGGCCUCAUUGAUAUUGCUUUCCUCUACCAGAAUUUCUAUGCACAUCUACCAGAUCGUUUAGCCACCUUCACAGCUGACCUUUCUGAGAUGUUUCCUGCUGGCCUCUUUGACACUAAAUACGUAACAGAAUUCGAUCUUCGCUUCAGUGCCUCAUACCUGGAGUAUGCCUAUAAGAAAUGUAAGUUGGAUAAUAGUCGAAAUGUGGCCUCUGGUAAAAUUUGCCGUCAGGUCCACCUGCAGUUUUGUCAGUAUGUUGGCGCCAUGUGUCGCUACGUAGACUACAGAUUUUGUCCACCUGGGUCCCCUCAUUCGGUGCAGGCUGACAUCUGCCAGUCCUUCUCGGCAUUUGGUUGGUGUUCAAAAGGCACCAAAUGUCAUUUGUCCCAUGACACUGACCUCAUCAUUCUCCAAGAUGAUAACUCCAAGAAUGACAAGAAAAAAAAGAGGAAGCGUCAAAAGAAGAAAAAGAGAGACGACGAACAGGAAAGUUCUAUUUCGGAUGGUGCUCCCCAGAGCAAAGUGCCCCAUUUGGAAUUGACUCCAGAAGAGGGCCAUCACGGGUUGACUCCAGGGUGCCAGGAAAGUUCAAAUUUGAUAGACUGUAAUAUAAAUGCCCAACUGCAUGUAGGGGAAAAUAUGAAAACAGAUAGUCAGGAGAACAAAAUAUGCGAGGACCAAGCAGAGUCCACAAAGACUGAAAUGACCAGCGGAAGAAAUGAAAAUAAGGCUGAGUCGGGCACACACCGGGCUGGGUUUGAUGCCUUCAUGACAGGUUAUAUAUUUGCCUACUCAUGCACCCUGCAGAAUAAGGAAGAAGCGAAUGGAGAGGAAGAGAAGACAUUGCUUCCCAAUUCCUUCAAUAAAGUCUAUCUCAGUGGCAAGGCAGCGCCACUCAACAUUGUCAAGAGCACCUUCUCCAAGUCAUCCAAGGCCCAUGUGCUGAAGAUGGAAAUGGUUUGGGGAAGCAAACAGGACAGGGUAAUUUCAUAACUUUUUAUAAAUGACAAACUGAUGAGGGCUUUGGAAAUACAAAGAGUGUUCUUUUCUGAAAGAGGAGGGUUAAUUGAGCCAGUAUUAUUUUUUUUUUUAUUUGACCUUUUAUCCAUCCACUUUCUUAGCCGCUUAUCCUCACAAGGGUUGCGGGGAGUGCUGGAUCCUAUUGAACUUUAAUUAUUAUUAUUAUUACUACUAUUAUGGCGGCACCGUGGGCAACUGUUUAGAGUUUCUGCUUCACUGUUCUGAGGUCUGGGGUUCAAAUUGGUGUUGGUUUUCUCCGGGGACUCCAGAAAAACGUGUUGUAGAUUAAUUGAAGACUCUAAAUUACCUGUUGGUGUGGAUUGGAUAUAAAUCCAGAUGGUUGUUUAUAUUUGCCCUAUAAUUGGGCGUACCCUGUCUCCUGCCCAAAGAUAGCAGGGAUUGGCUCCAGCACUCCCACGACCCUUGUGAGGAUAAGUGUCUCAUUCUGAGCAGGCAGGGUACACCCUGAACUGGUUGCCAGCCAAUCUUAUCAUCGUCAUCUACAACAACCUGCUGAAAAUAAAUUGAGCUGUAUUGUCUUAUUUUUGUUUUGUAAUGACAUAUAUUUGCAAAAUAAAACUAUCUCAGUAUUUCUGUCACUGUAUUUUUUUCUACACAGAGCUAAACAUCGUACUCCUUCCAAGACAUACAGUAUUAGCACUUGUAAGUGAUUGUGGUUGUAAUUUUUUGUGGUGUAUUUGAGAGGUGAUGUAAAGUGCAACAAACUUUGAAACUGCUUUCAG